CGCAUUGCUUCGGUUUCUGCCACCUACAACGCCAAUUUUCCCCGUUUCUCACUCGCACACUCAUUGUUUCGGUCUAUUAGCGAUUAUACCCUCAAGAUGGCGGCCCAGGUCAUCUCCAACUCCGGUCACGAUGAUAUGAUUCACGAUGCCGUUCUCGAUUACUACGGACGAAAGCUGGCGACAUGCUCGAGUGACCGAACGAUUAAGAUCUUCGAGAUCGAAGGCGAGACGCAACGUCUGGUAGAGACUUUGAAAGGUCACGAAGGUGCUGUAUGGUGCGUUGCCUGGGCGCAUCCCAAGUACGGCAACAUCUUGGCAUCGGCUGGCUACGACGGCAAGGUCUUCAUCUGGAAGGAACAGGGUGCCCAGAACAGCCAAUGGCAGCGAAUUUACGACUUCCCCCUCCACAAGGCCUCGGUCAACAUUGUGUCCUGGUCUCCCCAUGAGGCAGGCUGCCUUCUCGCCUGUGCAUCUUCCGACGGCAACGUCAGCGUGCUCGAGUUCAAGGACAACAGCGUCGAUCACGUCACAUUCCCUGCCCACGGCCUCGGUGUCAACUCCGUUUCUUGGGCCCCUGCUACUACACCUGGCAGCAUCGUCAGCAGUGCUCCGGGCCCUGGCGCCACUGGCAACCGACGGUUCGUCACGGGCGGCUCCGAUAAUUUGAUCAAGAUCUGGACAUUUGAUCCCGCUGCACAGUCAUACAAGCAAGAAGGCGAAGCCCUGACGGGCCACUCCGACUGGGUGCGCGAUGUUGCCUGGUCUCCCACUGUCCUGCAAAAGUCGUACAUUGCUUCAGCCUCUCAAGAUAAGACGGUCCGCAUCUGGACUUCAGAUCAGUCCAGCGGCGGCCAGUGGGCAAGCAAGGUGCUCAACUUUGAAGCCCCUGUUUGGCGUGUGAGUUGGUCCCUGAGCGGUAACGUCCUAGCGGUUAGCUGCGCCGACAACAAGGUAUCUCUGUGGCAAGAGAACCUGCGUGGCGAGUGGGAAUGUGUCAAGUCAAUUGAGGAGUAAACUAGAGAGAAGCGGGUAAAGGUGAAGAAAUACAUAUCUUGGUGUUAUGAUUAGGCGUUUCGUUAAUGAGCAGGGCAUUGAAGGCAGGGACGCAAAAAAAUGAAACAAUAUGGAUAGGAUGAUCCUAGUUACCUACAAGCCAAGCUUCAUACAGUAGAGAGAAACAAGAUCACGAAUGUGAUGCCCAUCCACAAGGGCUAAGUGGUCAAAGGAGAUGGAGCCAUUAUAACGACAUACAAUUUUUCUUUUUUUGGAAAAGUCUUUAAAUAGAUGGUUGAACUUGG